CCUCAUUUGUGUGGCAUGUGCUAUACCUCUGUGCCUUCCCAAGACCAGUUUCACACAAUUUUAAAAGCAAUUCCCAUGGUACUGAGUAGGUCCAAAACUCAGUGUAAUGGGAACAGGACCAAGAGGCUGGACUAAAGUCUAGGAAUGAAGAGGUGGCUGAGAGGUGGUUCAAACACAGAUGAUGUCAUUCCUAAUCCAGAUAUAUUCUGCCUAAAGUAGAAAAAAGCAAAACUAGAAGGAUGAGGGGAAGUGAACUGGAUACCAGGUUAGAUAAUAAACUCACCAUUUAGGAGUACUUAAGGAGUACUCUAUCCAAUUGAGUGUAUGAAACCUUAUUUUUCAUAGGAUACACUGAUUUACCUUCAGGUACUUGUUCCUGACCAAAGCUAUGGGGAGCUUCAACACCAGUUUGGGAGGAGGCUUCAUUUUGGUGGGCUUCUCCGACUGGCCUCGACUAGAAAUCAUCUUCUUUAUUUAUAUUUUGAUUUUCUACUCCUUCACUCUCUUUGGCAACACCGCCAUCAUCGCUCUCUCCAGAAUGGACCCCCAAUUACACACUCCCAUGUACUUCUUCCUCUCCCACCUCUCCUUCCUGGACCUCUGCUACACCACCAGCACUGUGCCCCAACUCUUGAUCAACCUUCAUGGACUUGACAGGACCAUCACUUAUGGAGGGUGUGUGGCCCAGCUGUUCAUAUUUCUUGCUCUGGGCUCCACAGAGAGUUUGCUCCUGGUGGUGAUGGCCUUUGACCGCUAUGCUGCUGUGUGUCGUCCCCUGCACUACAUGACCAUCAUGCACCCCCUUCUCUGCCAGGCAUUGGCUGUUGUCUCCUGGAUGGGAGGCCUCAUGAACUCUCUGAUCCAGACAAGCCUCAUGAUGACCAUGCCCCUCUGUGGCCAUCGACUGAAUCACUUCUUCUGUGAGAUGCCCGUGUUCCUCAAGUUGGCCUGUGAAGACACUGAAGGGACAGAGGCCAAGAUGUUUGUGGCCAGAGUGGUGAUUGUUGCAAUUCCAGCUGUGCUCAUCCUGGGCUCCUAUACACAGAUUGCCAGGGCAGUGCUGAAGGUCAAGUCAACAGCUGGGCGCAGAAAGGCUAUUGGGACCUGUGGGUCCCACCUCCUGGUAGUUUCUCUGUUUUAUGGCUCAGCCACCUACACAUACUUACAGCCCAAAGACAGCUAUUCUGAGAGCAAGGGAAAGUUCAUUGCCCUUUUUUAUACUAUCAUCACCCCCAUGCUCAACCCUCUGAUUUAUACCCUGAGGAACAAGGAUGUGAAGGGUGCUCUGUGGAGGGUGCUAGGGAGAGGCACAGCCACAGGGUAGGAAAGAACAGCUCCAAGCAUUUAGCCAUUGACACUGCUGCCAUUCCACAUCACAGCGACUGGCCCUGAAUCUUGAAGCAAAUGAUAUGGAUGUUUGAUAGUUUUUCUCCAUCUAAAGCAGCCCAGCAUUGGGCUGUGUGUCAAAUUUUCACCUUCGCAUAUUGGGACACUAUGCCAGAGCAACAAUCACUUCCUGUGUUUGGAAGGUAAUUUGAUGGUUGCUUUAUGUUCAUUUAAGAAAAUAAUAGCAGAAACACUGGAACUUCUGACCUCCUCCUUCUGGCUUAUAGUACCAUUUGAGGUCCCUGCAGAGGAAUGGACCUCAAAUUCAACUGAAAGUGAAUUGCCCAUAACAUUUGUGCCACCAUUGCAGCAGUGGACACAGCCUGCCUGGCAUAUUGGUAAUGGAGCAUAUGGGGUCCUUCGCUGAGUGAAACUGGUGGGGACAAUUGUCCUCCAGAAGCCAGUGUGGUGCCUCUAGCACUGCAAAAGGCAACUGAAAGGGAGAGAGCCAGCAGUCUAGUUCUAGCUUUAUUUGCCAUGUCUGAGAGCUAAAGCCUGUGAUGCCUUCAACAAUAAAGACAUACCAUAUAGGUCUAGCAUCCACCAACACAAUCAGCAAUAAUGUCAUAGUGUAAGGGGCCUCAAGGACCUUCCCUGGCCAACAACUCAAGAGAAGUAGUCCUUUUAUCUUAUUGGAAUUUUUACCCAACCUUAACUGUCUUUUCUCACUCAUGUGUGGUGUUUUUUUUUUCUCUAGCUCUUUAAGUGAUGUCUGUAUAUUUUUUACAGAUGGUUUUACAAAUCAGUGAGAUGCUCAAGAGUUUAACAAUAUGUAAUGAAGCCUUUUUAUAUUGAGUGAGCAGGGUCUCUGAAAGCCUACUAUCAUCCAUUUUAAAUAAGUGCCAGUUGGUGUUGAACAUCUAGUGGACAUUUAAAGAGAAAUGUUAACAAAGUUCAGUAUAGUGUGAAUGGAUUUUUAUCACUUCUGCUGAUCAUUUAAUUAUUGGGAACAGCAACAUGGACAGAAGACACCACCCCUCAACCAUCCUCAUCCUGGGGCACCUUGAUGACACAAGGCCACUGUGCAUUGCACUUCCCAUGGUGGUCUUUGCAGGGCUAGCUUGUGAUGCUCAGGCUGGCUCAGGCCUGAGGGCUGCAUUCUGACCUGGUAUGUCCACUUCUAGAGCUGGACACUAAGAUCUGACAGGCCACAGGCCAACACCGUGGUCCUUGGCUUUCAUUGACUGCUAAAAGGACCCUAGGCUGAGCAAACAAUUUGUGACGUUUAUUUCCUAUGUCCCCUGUGCUCUGGAGAUAUCUGUCCACCUUAAGACAGGCUUAGUAUUUUCUCCUGUGAGCUAUUGGUCGGCUUUACAUUUUUCCAGAAGCUCCCUACCACAGCAUCGGGCUGGCUGUCAACUUUUCACCUAGGCAUUCCAGUUGACAUACAGUGAUAAAAAACAAUAUCUUUAAUUUUUUAGCUUUGUUGAGGAUAAAACCAGGGCAUAAAAUAAGAACUAGUAAUUGAAGCAGAUUUGUGUGAGAGCAAGACAAAACAUCAGAUUUUAACUGGACAAAUAAUCUACAUUCAUGAGAAUGAACUUAAGAUGGAAAUUCCAUUGAUGGUAAAACUUGGUUGGGUUAUGUGAGACAUGGAAUAUGGUCUGAUGAAAAGGCUAAUUAGAUUUGGGUCAAAGUAGGGAAAGUAUGAGAAAUACACUAACAUGGUUUUGCACAAGCCAUAUUAAAAUAUGUGUUUUGAGGACCUGAAUGGGUCACUUUGGAUUAGGCAGUGUAUGAGGGAUAGAAACAGCUGAGGAUAGCAAAUAGAUCCUGCAGAACCAGUCAAUUAAUUGUAAUUGGCUCAGGGCCCCCCAGAGAUCUCCAAGGCCACACUUGAAUAAACAAUCCUGUUUCCAUUUCUAGUAAGGGUCCCAGUCAUGUCCCAAGGGUGGAUGUGGUACAGUCUGCCUUAAGGUCAGGUUCGAUGAUAUACUGGCUCCUGUCCAUCGCAAGCUGGUUAUGGUGAGGGAGCCAGAGAACAGUACAGGAUGUUUCUUCCUCCUCCCUUAGUUAUGGGUCUCAGCAGGUGAUCCUGCUGAAGGUCGUGGCCUCAGGUAAGUAUAAUUUCUCCAGGACCAGAGCUGUGAUCCAGCCUGCCAUAUCACAGAUACAGUUGGGACCAAAGAGAAAGAUGUCUUUCUCAAACACUUCUAGAUGACAUUGAUGUGGAAUGGGUUUCAUAUUAUCUAGAAGCCAGUGGGACUGAGGGAAGUAAACACAACCACCCCCUCCCCAGGACUGUGGUGAGUACAGACUUGGUGGGAUUCUCUGGAUUCAUAGUCCUUCUAUAAACUGAGUUUCUUUGAUA